AGCUGAAGUCGGAGCAGUACUUGCGCUGUGUUUUGGAUGAAAGCCAAAAAGAGCUGUGCAAGGCAACCACCAUGAGAGGCAGCCUGCCCACAUUCACUCUCUUGGGCAGGCUGGCAGAUGCCAUCCCUGUCCUAGCUGAUUUACUGGUGGUUGAGCACAGUAAUGUGGUGGAUCACCUGCUGAUGGGCUUGACGUAUCCAAAUGAAGGUGUAAAGGCUGCUGUGUGCUACCUGUACGGCAAGCUGUACUCGUCCCCUGUUGGCGCAGAGCGGCUCUCGGCACACUUCACAGAAAGGCUCUGCGCCCCCUUCUUGAAUACCUUGGGCCAUGCCCAGACGAAGGAGCUGCAGGUCAACUGUUUGGAAUUCCUGUUUGAGUGUCUCUCAUGCACCAAUGAAAUUCUCAUCUGGUCAGUAUAUUGCUGCUUGCUGCUCCUCACUGAAGAGCGCCUGUUCUUCUCCAAGUGUCACACGGUGUAUGGUGUUGAAUCUCUAAUGAGGAGCCUCCGAGAUGUCCUGCAGAUGAACAAUGUAGAGUUGCACAAGCAAGGGCUGCUGCUCUUCACUGAAAUCCUGAAACGGCAACCGGUGGAAAUCAAAUUAUUCACAAACCGAGGUAUAUGUAAAGAAGCCAUUGAUGUGCUGCUGGAGACAGUGAACUGCCCAGUGCUAGAGGUGGCAGUGGAGGCUGUGAAGGCUGUGGCAGCCUUUCUGAGGAAGGAGCAUCUGAGCUGCCCCCCGGUCCUGUACGCGGAGCUGCAGAAGCUGCUGGGGACGGUGCUGAAGCGAUGCGCUGACCUCUCCCCACCGCAGAGCAGCAAGAGGCGUGCAGACUUGGUCUGCUCAAGCUCUGUGGACGUGGCUCAAAAGGUGCUGGUGACUCUAAGAUCCUUCUUGGAAAGAAAUGAGGAUGUCCUUGUCUGUGACCUCCUCCGGAGUCAGUUCCUGCAGAUCCUGCAGCAGCUGCUGCUGGAGAGCAGCUCUGCCUCCUUACAAGCUAACAGGAACCUGCCUCUUUUGCUGAACCUCCUUUUCCUGGUGCACCUGCGGAGCAGGGAUGUGAGGGAGCUGGACAGUACAGACUUCAGGCUGCUUCACCAGGUGAGCAACCUCUGCGGCAAAUGUACGCCGAGGGACACCGACCUCCUGCAGCCAUCCUUGAAUUUCUUGUACUGGAGCCUUCAUCAAACAACAUCUAGCAGUCAACAGCGAGCUGUGGCCGUGCUGCUGUCCAACGUGUCCUUGCUCGAGCUGCUGCAGAAGGUUUUGCAGCGCACCUGGUUGCGCUCCUGCCCCUCUGCGACCGCUUGCCUGUCGGCUGAAGACACCGUGCUCUGCUCUGGGUGGCUCUUGGUGGCUUCCCUCUUAGUUUACCAGCAUCAGUACAAUGCCGAGGUUCACCAGACGCUCUCCCUAGACCUGACAGAUAUCCUGAAUGCAGUAAUCUUUAGGAAGAAGAAGCCCAUCCUACUGCUAGUAAGCAUCCUGCAGGUCCUGAGAGCUGUCCUGCGGCAGAACUUCUCCUCUCUGCUGCUGAGUGUCACCCAGCCCACAGCGCAGGCUGGGAGGGAAGCCCAGCUGGCGUCUCGGGAGGAUUCUGCUCUGCGCCCCCUUGCUCCGUGGCAGGUCUUCUCCCUUGUGGUCAGUCUGCAGAACCUCCUGGUGCAUGUCUACUUGCAGAAAGACUUGCUGCUCUCUCAGGCUGUGGUUGCCUGCCUGGAAACCUUACUGGAGUACCUGUAUGUGAAGAACCAAGACGUUGCCCUACACGUUGCCUCGCAGCCCUGGCACCGGUUCCUGCUCUUCACUCUACUCAGUGGGGGACGGAAGUCCUUUCUGCAGCCAGAAAUUCUCCGGCUCAUGGCUUUGUUUGUGAGAUACCAGAACAGCAGUAUUAUUUCUCAGAGAGAAAUAAGCCAGAUUCUGCAGGAGGCAGCAGAAGCCAAAUUAUCAGAGCUGCCUGAGGCCACAUGUCGUGCCCUCCGUCUCUUUCUUCGUCAGGCUGCAGUUUCUGACAUGGAUUUGCUCGUGAUCUGCCCCUUUCUGUUUACACUGGUGUUGUCCAAGGGCAGCUUCGCCGACCUGGAAAAACAGAGGGUGGACUCAGGCUUGGAAAUCUAUAAGAAGCUGUUCGAGGUGAAGCGCAAGGACCAGAUGAACGCGCUCAAGAACCUUAUCGAGCUCAAUGACGUGAACCAGCAGUACAAGAUCAUCGACAUCAUGCUCAAGGGACUGUUCAAGGUGCUGGAGGACUCCCGGGCUGUGCUAAUAGCUGCAGAUGUGCCGCCAGAUGGGCCUUUUCCUCAGGAUGAGAAGCUAAAGGAUGCGUAUUCCCACGUGCUGGAGAACACGGCCUUCUUCGGGGACGUCGUGCUGCGCUUCCCCAAGAUCGUGCACCACUACUUCGACCGCAACUCCAACUGGAACAACCUCAUCCGCUGGGGGAUUGGCUUCUGCAACCUGACGGGGGUGUUUGAGCAGGGACCUCACUCCCAGGUCCUGGGGCUGAUGGCUCAGGAGCUGGGAAUCAGCGAGAAAUCUCCUGAUUACCGCAAUCCCUUUAAAAGCGACCACUCGGAGUUCUUCCCCGGCGCGGACACCUUCCAGAAGGCGCUGCGGGACGAGGAGAAGCGGCGGAGGAAGGAGGAGAAGCGCAAGGAAAUCCGCAAGGGCCCGCGCAUCUCGCGCUCGCAGUCCGACCUGUAGCGCCGGCGGUGCCGCCGCGCGGAGCGGCGCGCCCGGACACGGCCCCCCGGCAGCCCCGGGCCCUUCCCUUGCCGUUUGUGCCGUGGGUUUUGUUCAGUUACGUUUCCUGUUGGCUCGGAGGGUCCCGAGGACMAGGGAGUCUUGUGGCCAAGGCUCCGGGGUUUCCCCAGGGAGAGGGGGGUCUGGAGCUGGCGCCCCUUCCCCAGAGCCAGAGCACAGCUGGGGCCGCUGCCGUUCCGGCUGCGACGGGGCUGUUCCCGAGCCCUCGGGAGCCUCCGGCUGCCGGAGAAACACAGCGCAACGCACAGGAAACCGGCCGCCUCCGUCCCGGGAGCUCGCGGCCGAGCAAGCAGACUCACAGCGAUGCUGCUGCUUCUGGGAUAUUUCCUUUUUUUUUUUCUCCUUUAACCUGGUGACGUGAUGUUGUUUCUACUCUCGCCCAGCCAGGUUAUACCUGCUCUCUGCCYGGCCCAUAUCCCCGUUGCCUGAUCAGCUCUUCCCUUCUGGAGGAGGCUGCUUUACGGAGCAGCUGGCGUUUUGCCGAAAAAGCCAAAGGAGCCGCUUCCCGGCCGGCCCGUGUCCUGAGUGGCUCCCGAGGGGUUGCUCAUGGGACGUUGGGAUGCACACGGGGAAUAAAGCUGCGCUUGCAGCAACGGACAUGGCCUCUCCAGCCACCCCUUCCCAGCCGAUGCUCCAAGUGCGGCGGGUGGAGGAGACGCAUCCGAGGUGUCUGGGGGUGGGAAAGGGGUUGGAGCGAUGUCCUGCRGCCGCGCUGCGCAGGCAGGAGCCCUGUGGCCCGAGGGGCUUGCAGGACUGGUAGAUCGGGGCAGGACUGCAAGGACUGCAAGGAAGAGACGGAGCCGCCCCAGCACCGCUGCUGCCACUGGGUGCUGGGAGGCACCCGUUAUUUUUCAAGGCGGAGACAGGUACGUUGGAUGAGGGUGCA